ACACAGUCACCAUGGGUCUUAUCAACAAAGUUUGCACGAUAGUCUUCGCUUUUACCACCUGUGCCUCUUUGGCUUCUUGCGGUUCAUUUCAUUUUGAUGAAAGUGACAACCGCCUGUCCGUGAGAGCCAAUGAUGUCCUGAUCAUAGACCACAAACCACCUUCUCCCUUCAUUUUCAUCGGCACAGGAUCAGUCACAACUUGCAGUCUGCAUGGUAAUUACAAAAUCAACGAUUUUGUUAAAAGCAGGAUCCCAUUGCAGAAAUUCUUUGUUGGAAAGGAAGAAAGAGGAGAACAAAACAUUGUUACACAGAGGGUCACGUUCAGUGUUUCAGGGUGUGAUGAACAGGGAGCUGUUGCUGUGGACUUUGUGUCCUCCCCAGAAGCUAUGUACCUUGAGUUUGCUGGGAUUCCAUCUUAUGUUGACAGAGUAUGGAUCCGCCUUUAUGCCGAAGAGGGAGAAAAGGUGUAUGGAGGUGGGGAGCAGUUUACAUACUUUGACAUGAGAGGGCGCACUUUCCCUCUCUGGGUUCAAGAGCAGGGAGUUGGUAGGAACAAGAGUUCACUGAUAACACUGCUUUCCAACAACAAUGAUAAUGGUGGAGGCGAUUACUACACAACCUACUGGGCUCAACCAACCUUCCUUUCAUCCAGAAAGUACUACGCCCAUUUUACAACCACAAGCUAUGCAGAGUUUGACUUCCGCUUCGAUGACUUCCACGAGGUGUACAUUCUGAAUGGUUCCCCAGGGAAGGUCCAUUUCUUCACCGGGCCAUCUUAUGUGGAUGUCGUCAGUCAGUUUACAGGCUUCCAGGGUAGACAGCCACCUGUCCCGGACUGGGUGUACAACGGAGUGGUUCUUGGUCUACAGGGCGGUACAGAAAGAAUGCUGACAUACUUGAAAAUGGCAAUGGACAGUGGCAUAAAGGUCAGUGCUGUUUGGAUCCAAGACUGGGCAGGACGAAUCAAGACUUCCUUUGGGAGGCGCAUCUUCUGGAACUGGGAGUGGGAUUCCAAACACUACCCAGGCCUUGAUACAGUUAUCGCUGAGCUCAAAGAACAAGGUAUCCAGGUUUUGGUUUACAUAAAUCUCAAUCUCAAUCAGGAAGGGAACCUCUUCAAGGAAGCUGAAAAUCUUGGCUAUCUUAUCCUGGACAAAGAUGGAAAGUCUUAUCUAUUGGACUAUGGCGAGUUCAUCUGUGGCAUUGUAGACAUCACCAACCCUCAAGCUGCUCAGUGGUACAAAGACCGUAUCAUCAAGAAGAAUGUAUUGGAAUUGGGAAUCAGUGGGUGGAUGGCAGACUUUGGGGAGUAUUUACCAACUGAUGCCUAUUUCAGCAAUGGUAAGUCAGGUAUGGAACUACACAAUGUAUGGCCAACACUGUGGGCUCAAGUCAACAGGGAAGGAAUAGAGGAAGCCGGCAUGUUGGGAGAAGUUCUUUACUGGAUGCGAGCAGGGUUCAGCGGUGCUCAGAAGUAUGGUGUAAUGACAUGGGCAGGGGAUCAGUUUGUUGAUUUUAGUUUGAGUGAUGGCAUUGCCUCCGUCAUUCCAGCUGCCCUGUCUCUUGGUUUGUCAGGUUUUGGAUUGUUUCAUUUCGACAUUGGAGCAUUCACCUCUCUCUUCAACUACACACGCACCGAAGAACUGCUAUUCAGGUACGGAGAAAUGGCCGCCUUUUCAACCAUGAUGCGAACCCACGAGGGCAAUCGCCCUGACGAAAAUCUCCAGUUCUACUCCAACGAACGCACCCUCUCCCAGCUUGCCUAUCAUACACAUAUUUUCUGUUCUCUGAACAAGUACAGGCGCGUGGUCAUCCAAGAAAAUGCAGAACACGGCAUACCUGUCCAGCGACCACUCUUCUUGCAUUACGAGUCUGACCCUAAUUCUUACAGCGUGAAGUACCAGUACAUGUUUGGUCCUGAUCUGCUUGUUGCCCCUGUGUAUGAAUCAAAAGUGGAAACCUGGGACGUCUACCUUCCUCCCGAUGACUGGGUCUUCCUGUGGGAUGAGACCAUUACAUCUAUGGGUGGUGAGACCGUAACGGUCGAAGCGCCCAUUGGUAAAAUCCCUGUCUUCUAUCGACGUAAGUCACAAUGGGCAGACCUGUUCGAAGAAGUUAGGGAUAUCUGGAAUAAUUUUGAUUUUGAGAAUGGGCACUGCUUAAAAGAUAAACCAUGCUCAUAGACAUUUAUCUUUAUCGAUUUGUCACAACAAUUUGAUUUUGUGAUGUUUAUCAGUGACAUAAUGAAGUUUGAAUUCCUUGAAAUGCUCUUGAAAUAUGUACUAUGUACUACUUACUGCACAGAUAUUAUCCUUCAAAUACUCAUUUUACAUUUUACUGUCCUAUCAUUCUAAUCAUCAAUAUCAAGUCAUAAAUCACAUGACAUUUUCACUUUCAUCAUUUCAUUCAACUAAAAAUGAAUAUAUUUUUUCAAUUUGUCGAGCAGCAAUGUUUUAUUUUUUUUCCUUGUACUUUCCAGCAUACUUUUUACAUUGUGCAUUUUCCUACUGUGUGUUGAGCAAUACUAAUUUUAAAAAGGAAGUGGUAUUAAGGAAAUUGAUCUUCAUCAUUGUCUUUUUAACAGGGUAUUCUUAGUUUGGAACAAAAUACCUCAAAAAUUAUUAGCUACAGUUUCUUGUUUUUAGUCAGCCAGUAAAAUAUCGGGUAAUUUUGCAAAAUUGUACAGAAGUAGUUUUUUUACAAUGUGCAUUAUUGUACACUACAUUUGAGUUGAGUUUAUUCUAUUUCUACUUUUCAAUAAUAAAAGUUUAUACAAGUAUAAUCAUUUUUAAACAUUGGUAUAUCAAUAAGCAAACACUUUGCAAUAUAUUGUUUGACAUAUAAGUAACAUUAUUGUAAUAUUGAUUAUUCCUAGAAAUUUUAUCUUUUUUAAAACCUGUAUAUUAACUAAAAAUAUAUAUAUACCGGUAUAUAUAUGAUAUCUUCAAUUAAAAUGUGGGAGACCGCCAUCUCAAGCUUGGAGCUUGAAAUUGAUGGAGGCCUUAAAAGGAUUGGGGAAUUUAAAACCCACCUACAUUGCACUACAAUACAGCAUUUAAGUACAGUAGUUAAGAUCAAUAUUAUACUACCGACUUUGACUUAAUGAGAUGUUGGUGCCAUUUAUUGUGACUUGCUUGACACUUGUUCAAGAUUCCAGGUUUUUAUAACGGGUGAUAGGUUGGUGCCUGAAAAUAUUAUUUUUGCAGACUUCUUUCAUUUACUUUAUUUGAUCAGGGUUCUAAAGAAAUGUGAAUCUUUGAUGAUGAGCUUGUCAUGCUUGUUGAAGCCACACCCCUCUUUUAUGUUGUAGCUCACCUAAUGUGACACUAUUAGCAGUUUUUUUGUGUGUCAUACUGAACUGGCCCCAUUUAUACACAGCAGUCAUUUAAAUUUUUUUUUUUUGGGGGGGAUACUUUUCACAACCUGCCUAAAUGUGCUUAUUGUUGAAGCCUCAGGGGAAACUCAUUAGGGAUCAAACUACUUCCUGAGUUUUUGACCAGUACUUGUGGAAGUUGGAACCAGUGUUCAUUUCGGGGUAAAAACAUGCAUGAUUCAUAUUUCAAAUGGUUUGGAAAUUGCACAACCAUAACAGGGGUUUUAAUCACCUUCAGUGAUCUUUCUAUUUAGAGCAUGAAUUGGUGUAUGAUCAUAAAUGUUCAACUUCCAGAUCAUAACCUAGAAUAAUAUGACACUAAUUGAUAAUAAGAUGCAUUUUUGAUAAGAAAUUAAUUGCUUGACAAUAGUCUGCAAUGUACUACACAUAUAUGUCUUAUGUGUCUUUCACUAUAUUUUGAUGAAUAGAUUAAAUGCAACGCCCAGCAAAUUAUUGAUAGAAACAUGAUAAAAGUGUGUUGCAGUUUUUUUUUCUUCCAAACUUACUGUGUGUGGCGUUCACAUAGACCUGUAUAGGUAUAGCAAGUUAUGGGAUUAAUUAAUGCCCUAUUAGGCAGCUUUACAGACUUAUUUGACGUGGAAACUUGGUGGUAGAACUAUGUAAACUUGCUUUCAAGUUUGUGAAGAUGAAACUUUGGAAAACACAGCCCUAGUUUAUACAGGAGGGAACCAUUGUAUUAUCAAGUGUGUAUGCUUCCCAGUGUUAUUCAACAAUAGGUUCAAAUAUACUCGACCCACUCUCUGGAAUAGUUUACCCAUUGAUUCUAAUCUUGCUGUUAACUCAACUUCUUUGAAUUUAAAUAUAAAAGUAAUAUGAGCUUGUGAAUUGCUUCUUGAAGCCAUUUUGCUUUACCUUUUGUAUUUUGCCCAGGUUAAUUAUGUUUUUAUCAUUUUUGUCUCGCCUGUACAAAGUUCGGCAGAGACCUAGUAAUCACAUUUCCUGUUGGUCUGUUUGUUAAUCUGUUAGUCUGUUACAAAAAUUUUGUUCAACCUGCACUCAUUUCUUUAUUUCAGCAUCAAUUAUGUUCAUACUUGUACAUAUGAUCCUUGGGUAAUAUCACAUGUGAGCACAUGAGAAUGAUGGGUUCGAAGGUCAUGUAGGGGUCAAAAGGUCAAAUGAUAUGAAGUCCUGUUCAUCCUUUUUGAAGUAUUUGUUCAACUUGCUCUCAUUUCUUUACUUCUUCAUCAAUUUUGAUCACACUUGGUCAAAAUGAUCCUUGGGUAGUACAACAUGUGUGUUGUCGAGGAAGAUGGGGUCAAAGGUCGUCUAGGGACCAAAAGGUCAAGUUUUUGUCCAACUUGCUCUCAUUUCUUAAUUUCUGCAUCAAAUAUGUCAUACAUACCCUUGGUAUGGGCUCAUCUAGGGGUCAAAAGGUUGAAUGGUAUGAGAUCGUCAUACUUUUUUAAAGCUUUUGUUCAACUUGCUCUCAUUUCGUAAUUUCUGCAUCACACUUGGUACAAAUAAUUGGGUAAUAAUACUACACAUGUAUUCAUGAUAGUGAUAAGGUCAAAGGUCAUCUAAGGGUCAAAAGAUCAUAUUCCAUGUUUUAUUGAGUGCGAAAUCAGGCGAGACUUGUGGUUCGUGAACCACCUUGUUUUCUGUUGGCAACCCUUUGUGAUUUGUCUGCGAUUACCAAAAUUGAAUUUGUCAAAUUUUUGUUAAAUUCCACAUAUUUAUUUUUUAUUCUCUGUUUUUGUGCCAAGAGGGUCCUUCUUGUCAAAUCUGUAAAAAUUGAAAUGUAUAAUUCAUCAAUAAAAAACAAAACAAAUGGUGAAUGAGUGACAUCAAAUGAGAGUCGCUCUCUUAUUUGCAUUAGAAAGUCAAAAAGGGGCCUAAGCUUUCGAUCCUAGCAGAAUCUUCGUCGGAGGCAAAAUGACAAACAUAUAAAGUGGAACAACCAUAAUAUAGACCACAAACAAGCUACAGCAACACUAGAAACAAGGAGACAAAAGGGGCAUUAGUGAGUAGAGAAGACCAAUCAGGUUAGUGAAGGGGAUAAAAGAAAAGAAGUAGGCAGACACAAAGGGAAGUUAGUGUAAGUAAGGCCAGUAAAAGACCUCAAGCCAAGAGGGAUUAUUUGCCUGUAAUACAAUUUAUAAUUUUGCAUAUGAAAAUUUUGUGAAAAAUUAGCGAUUUUUUUUCCGUUAAUUUCUGAUUUCACCUCUGAUUUUGAUGAAAUUUCCAGCGUUAUGCUUGUAAUCUUACACAUUAUAUGCCUAUUCUAUCACUGUGUAUUUUUAGGUAUUUGUCUUUUUAAUGAAUUAAAUUGAGCUAUAAUGAAUAACCAUCAUCCAGCAUAUGCAGCUCGGGUGAUGCUACAUAAGUCUGACAAGAUGAUAAAGACCUAGAACAUUAUUGAGAAGGGAGGGCUUUUGCCUCCAAAUAGCAACAUCUCGUGUCUAAUAGGAAUGCCACAGAAGUUGCAUUGCAGUUCUAAAGCUCUAUUUCCAUUUGUGAAUGUGAGUAGUAUGCAUGUUAAUCUUUCUGUAUCUGUAUCGUUGAUUCAGCAAAAUACCAGGAGUGGCACAAAUUUUUAUUUGGGUUUCUGUGUUGACAGGUGGAAUUAUGAGGGAAAUUGGGUGUGCGAAACGUAAAUGCAAUUCUAACUUACGUCUUGUUGAUUCAGUCUACAAGUAUUGGAAUAAUAAUAUGGUUUUAAUUGCAAAUAAUUAAUUGCAUGUGUCCGCAUAUGAUGCAAAAGAAUUGUGUACUUUAAAUUUGCAUAUAAAAGAUAAGAUUUUAUUAAUUACAAUUAAUUAAUGGGUGGCUGUAUGAGGGAGAUUGGGUGUGUGUAAUGUAAUUGCAAUUCUAAAUUAUGUUUUAUUGAUUGUAAUAAUUAGCCCACAAGUAUUUAAUAAUUUAAAUAAUCCAUUACGUGCAUCUGCAUAUGCUGCAAAAUAAUUGUAUACUUUAAAUUUGUAUAUGAAGAUAGGAUUUUAUUCAUUACAAAGUAAUGAUAUAUCAUUUGAUUAAGAGCUCAGUAACUCUAUAAAUUAUUGAUAUUCGAAUGUUUACAAGGUGCUAUAUGAUCCUUAUAAUGUAAAGGAGAUUCUCAUUUUGACAUGUGGUCAAUCCUGAAACAGUCUCUUUGAGUUGGUGGAGUAAAAAGCAAUGGAGGAAUGGGAUUUAAUGGGAGAUAAAGUGACCACUUCAUCUCUCUUUCAUUUUCAUUCCUCAUUCUUGUUCUUUUCCACCAAUUGAGGACUAGCCAUAUGGUCAACCAUAAACCUCUAUGUGUAUUACUUAUAAUUGUUGCAGCAGAAUAAUUUUCAUUUCACCUGCAAAGCAGAAGUAAAACAUAGGUGCUGCUUUUCCAAUGAUGGCAGUAGCAUUCUCAACAUUGAAAUCUUAACCUAGGGUUUGGUUCUUCAAUGUUACCAAAUGAGGUAAAUGAAUUGAUUUUGUAUUACAUAGAAAAAUAUCUAAUAAGUGUCAGCUAUCUGGGCAACCCACUAUACAAAAAAACAACAACAGUAAACACUGGUCAAUUUUAUCAAUAUUCUUGCCAAAUGUGGAGCGUCAAAUAUCAAAACUCUAGCCUUAUCAUUCCCUGUGUGAUGUCUUUAUAUGUAUACAUCGGGCAUACAUUUAGUCAUUAAGAUCAAAUUUCAUGUUUUAGAUUCAAAUAUUUUUAGGACAAUACUGUUUUUGAUACAGCAAAUUUCUUUGUAGACAUGGCAUAUUUGGAUAAAACAAUUAUUAUCAAUGCAAAAUGAGAAGGAUAUCUGUGACUAUAUCCCUUGCUGCCUUGAUUCUUUUUUUUUUUUUUAAUAUAAAUGUAAUCAACAUGAAAUUAAAUGUUUUAUAGUGUCACAACACACAGAAAGUUAAAAAUUAUUGUGCAAUCAAUCAAUCAUUGUACUUUGGGCUAAGUAUUGCAAUUUUUUGUGGUGAUUUGAAAAUAAUAAAGUUUAUGAUAACUAA